AUGGCUUCUGAAUUGCCAAAAGCGACAGAUCUGGCCACGAUGCAAAACGAUUCCGAUACUAGCAGUAGCUCCACCGAGUCUCCCGCGCCUGCGACGUCAUCAACAACAACAAAAGACACGCUCGUGCAACCUGACCAGUCCACAACCCAAGGCACCCCGUCGCAACAUGACCACGAAUCGCCAGAGCAAGGUGGUGCUUCUAACGCUUGGCUCUCUCAGGAGGACGAAGAUGAUGGCGGCAAUGACUGGCUAGCUUCCGACGAUGUAGUCCCCGAACAGACGCAACAAGAGGAGACCCCCAGCGAGGCUAUUCCUGAGGAAGCGGUUGCUAAGCAAGCAGACACUGAGAAAGAAGACGUCGAGCAAGCAGAUACCGAACAAGUAGAGACCGCGGCAACGGAAGCCGAGCAAGUAGACACUGAAGCUGUUUCAAAACCCAAAGCACCGGUAUCUCAGCAUUCAAGCUCAAGGUCGUUUGCUCGUACAGUGUCCCACGAAAUCAGCUUUGGCGACGAUGACGAGGGUGAAUGGACACUGAGUCGCACCGAUACUGACCCCUUCAAAUUCAUGCCUCCUAGCGAUCGAACCAACUCUUUCCCCCCAGUCCCACCCGCUCAUUCGACCGCAGAGGUGGAUGAACAACAGCCUCUUCCCUCUAACCAGGCUAUGGAUGUGCUGGAAGAGACAGAGAGGGAAGCAGAUGAAGAAGAGGAACUAUAUCGGCAAGAGGAAACUUCUCAGGGACUAGAUGCACCGAGAAGAGGUCACUCUUCGUCUAUUUCUAUUGGCGGAGACUUGAAGAGCCCGGAAGGCCAGGAUUCUGAUGAAAGAUAUGAAGAAGGGAUCCCAUUAAUUCCACAACCCGCUCAAGAAAACAACGAGGUGCCCGUUGCACAAGAAAACAAGGCUGCAAGCGACCCUUUUGAAGAAGAAGGCGACGAAGAUGCUGAUUUUUUCAGCCAGGUUCAGAACUCUGAACCUGUAUCUGAGGAGCAGCAUGCCCCGGCCCUGGAACGAAAGUCCACGAUGCAAGUACUGGAUUCGAUGAACGCAGGCCCUGUUCCAAAGAAGUCGACGCUUGAAGGGACCCCUGAAGAGGAAGAAGAAGAAGAAGACUCAGACUCAGAUGACAGUGAAGAGAAGGGCAAGGAGGAAGAAGCAGCACCAGCUGAGGCAACAGCUGCCGAACCAAUGCUUGCUGCUUCUGAUCCGGCCCCUGUCAAACAGGAAGAUAUCGCUUCCAAAUGGGAACAAGCAUUCGCUGGUGAUGAGGAUGAGGAUGAUUUUCUGCUCGACGACAACGCCGAAGAGGAGAAACAAGUUGACCCUGCUGCAUUCUUUGGAAGCGAUGAUGAGGGUUUCCUAGAAGACGAAGAGCCAGCUGUGGACCCAGUGCCUGCGCCUGCGCCUGCACCUUUUCCUACAUCGCGUCAAGCCUCUGGUUCGAAUCCAUACAUGCCACAAGCACCGGCCAUUCACCCAGCACCAUCACCUUAUGCUCCUGUUAGCCAGGUUCCUGGAGUAGUUGCUCCCCCAAUUCCUGCGUACAACGCUCCGGCGCCCGGCAUGACUCCUUUCGGAGCCGCUCCUCAAUAUGGCCAGCCAGCUCCACCACGUCCAGAUAUGUCUAAAGCACAAAGCUUCGCUGACAAGUCAAAAGGUGGGUAUCACUCACCAUACGAUCUACCGACUGAUCUUGUCACGAAUUUGGUGAAGCCUCGCAAGAGGGCAAGCAUGCAGCAACUCUCUCAAACAGAACAGCUUCAUCCCCCGGUCCAACCGCCGCCUAGAAGCGCGAGCGUUGGUAUGCCGGCUCCUCCUACUAAACUCACGCCUCCCUCUUCUAGCCAUGGGCUGCCUGCUCAGCAAACAGGACCCCCGAAGCCUGCGGCUCCCGGUGCUCAGCACAAGGAGAACUUCUUCGAGGAACUGCCCAUGACUUCUAGGCCGCGACCAAGCUCACGAACAAGCCAGAGGGCUGCUUCUCCUGCUAGAAACCCGCCACCAGUCCGCGCAUCUCAUGUACCUUCACCACUGGCCCCUCCUCCUAGCGAGCCUUCGAUACAGGCACCUGCUAUUCCGGGAGCUGGUCUCGUUGCGCCUGAAAGGGUCAGCCCAUAUGCUGCUCUGACUACUCCUGCCAACCACAUGCCACAACCUCCAUCGACUAGCGCCUCUCGAUACUCUCCUGCUCCUGGCACAAGUCAUACCGCGCCACCAGCUCCUGUCAAUAGCCGCUAUUCACCAGCUCCUCCACCUAUCAAAACCCAUGGAUCCUAUGGAGCCGUUGCAAAUUCUGGUCCUGGACCAAUGUUGCCGCACCAGCCUAGAACAUCAAGCCCCUUGACCCAUUCUGAAACUGCUCACUUUGAGCCCCGAUUGAGUCGAGUUUCGUCUCUCCCUCCCACUCGAGAGGUGGACGAAGAAGAUGAUCAACAGACCCAAACAAGGUCUGUGAGCGCUGCUCUUUCUCCCCCCCCUCGAGAGUCCAGAUAUAACCCAGAAUCUCCUGAGCUCUCUCGUCAGACACCGCCCCCUCCCAGCUAUGCUGGACAGUUGACUCUGUCACCACCUAAGCAAGCGGGCCCAUAUGCGCCUAUUGCUGCGUCAACGGCUCACCCUGGCUUCGUGCCUCCUCCUCGAGCUCAAACCCAAUCGCCGAGUGCCUCCUUCGGACAUAAGCAAGCCCAAGGAUCUUCAGACUCAACGCGCCGCCCUUCGUCUGCCCACUCCCACUCUUAUCCUUCUCCGGCAGCCGCAAAGCCAGCGCCUUCACCUUAUGCCCCCGUAGCCCCCACGGCUCCUACCGCUGGUGUCUCAACUGUUCGAACUCGUGGGCAGUCUAUCACUAUGAAUAUGAUUGCGCCCACCGAUGGUCGGGAGAACGAUGAACUUCAACGAUGGAAAGGUGUACCUAUCAUCUCGUGGGGUGUUGGUGGCACUAUUGUAACAUCAUUCCCCAAGAGUGUUCCCCGAUAUGGCAUGGGCCAGGCUGUUCCCAUGAUUGUGCGCACACCUGGAGAAGUAAAAGUUCAGAGUGUUAAGGACCUUGAACCCCUUCACGAGCACGUGGCUAAAUUCCCCGGACCCUUACGGGGCAAGUCCAAGAAGAAGGAAACAAUUUCAUGGCUUAAUGCUGGAAUCGAGUUGCUGGAAAAGGAUUUGCCCGACGUUUCAUUCCACUCUCAGCUUUCCCUCGAGGCAAAAAGAGCUGUCGAACGCUUACUGCUCUGGAAAAUAAUGCGCGUUUUCGUUGAAAACGAUGGCAUCCUAGAGGGCAAUCCUACUGUCGAUGCAGCUGUCAGAGAUGUUCUCUCUCCCGGAGAGACCUCGCAGGCUGCGGGCGAUGAUGCGCUCUUCCCCGCUACCAGUAACUUUGCUGCAGGCAUUGCCUCUGUUACCUCGAUGCAGGCUGAUGGCGUCGACGUGUCCACUAUGGAUCAGGUUCGACAUCAUCUGUUGAGAGGUGACCGAGACAAGGCUGUGUGGGCCCUCGUUGAUAAGAGACUCUGGGGACACGCCAUGUUGAUAUCACACACUGUUGAGGGAGACCUUUACAAACGCGUGGCCCAAGAAUUCGUCCGAAAAGAAGUCAACUAUCCUGGCCACGCCAACGAGUCCAUGGCUGCCCUCUACAAGAUCCUCUCUGGUAACUUUGAGGACUGCGUUGACGAACUUGUUCCUGUGCAUGCACGGGCUGGCCUCCAACUCGUGUCUACAGAUGCAGGUUCUGGACCCUCCAAGGACACACUAGACGGAUUAGAUAAAUGGCGCGAGACACUUUCGCUUGUGUUGAGUAAUCGAAGUACCGACGAUAUUCAGGGACUAAAUGCCCUUGGAAAUCUUCUGUCUAGCUAUGGACGAGCUGAAGCUGCCCACAUCUGCUUCAUCUUUGGUCGCCACUCCUCAAUCUUCGGCGGACUGGAUGACCCCAACGCCAAUUUCGUGCUCAUUGGGGCUGAUCAUCGACAACAGUCUGACCAGUUUGCCAAAGAGACAGAGGCUCUCCAGCUAAGUGAAGUCUACGAAUAUGGCUUGUCUCUUGCUGGCGGAGCCCUCGGCUUGGCAGGAACACCUCAUUUGGCCGCUUACAAGCUCGAGCAUGCUAUGACUCUUGCCGAAUAUGGCCACCGAGACAAGGCUAUGCAGUACUGCGAUGCUAUUCUGACAGCUAUGUCCGCCCAGACUAAGCGAUCCCCUUACCAUCACCAUAUCCUUGAGACUGCGGUUGAAGACUUCAUGUCAAGGCUGAAGUCAGCACCAAAGGAAGAGAGCGGCUCGUGGAUCUCGAAGCCAAGCAUGAACAAGGUCUCGGACAGCAUGUGGAAUAGAUUCAACAAAUUUGUUGCUGGGGAUGAUACCGAGGAAAACGCCGGAGGUGCUGGAGAUGCUGGACCGUUUACACGUCCCUCAGGAGAGUUCAGCCGAUCACCUUCAGUGUCAAACUUUGAUAUCUAUGGUCAGCAGUCCCCUGGUUUCGGAAUGACGCCUGCCCAGACGCUCGCAAGCGCUGCGCCAUCAAAAUAUGCACCGGCCACCAUGACACCUACUUCUAACCUGAACCCCUACUCUCCUACUUCUCAGUAUACACCUGGACGAAGCUCGAUGGAACAAACCCCUGCAGGUUAUGGACAAAAUCCAUAUGAACCCGCCUAUCCCGGUGCUGCUUCGGCGAACCAAGGGGACAGUUACGUACCAUCGGUUCCUCAGCCUGAAUCGAACGCCGCUGGGCUUGGUGGCUCAGGCCUUGCUCCCGCUGCACAAAUUACACAGGGUUACUCUCCUGCUGGAUACCAGCCAUAUGGAAUGCCAGCCUCGACACCAAUGAGUGGCGACGAGAAGCCCGCAGACUCUUCUGCACAAGGCUUCCAACCUCUCAGUUACGGCUACGAGCCUCCUCAAAUGUCUUUUAAUCCCCCUGAGCAGGCAAGCGAGGAGGACAAAAACGAGAGUAGUGGGGGCUACGAGCCCCCUUCUUUCCAACCUUAUGGAUACGAACCACCAUCUUAUGAGCCUCAGUCUACUGCAGAAGAUGACGGCGAAGCGCACCCGCCCAAGUUGAAGAGUAUCAUGGAUGAUGACGAUGACGACUUUCCUUCGAUGAAACCUGCUGAGAAGUUAAAAUCGGACAAGGACCGAGAAAACGAGGAAAUGUUCCGCAAGGCUGCCGAAGAGGACGCAAAGCGUGCAGCUGCCCAGCAGUCGUCCAAGAAGGGAUGGGGCUUCGGCGGAUGGUUCGGAGGAAGCAAGAAGGCUGCUCUCGAGCCGUCCUCAUCUGGUGAAUCUUCACCAGGCAAGCCCAUUCGUGCCAAAUUGGGUGAGGCCAGCAGCUUUGUCUAUGACCCUGAUCUCAAACGAUGGGUUAACAAGAAGCCUGGCGCUGAAAACACACCGGCCAAGACUGCUACACCUCCUCCUCCCAAGGCAGGUCCUCGCUCUGUAUCUGGAACUCCUCCCCCGCCUGCAGGCACUCCGCCUCCACCUUUGGUCUCGAGCAACAGCGCACCGCCGCCACUCAUGCCUCCAAAGUUGCGCGCUGGCACACCUGAGUUGACGAAGCAAGCGUCUACAGAAAGCCUCGGUUUGGCACCGCCUGUUAUGACUCGAUCAGUUUCCAACACCAGUAAUGCCAGCGCGCCGCCUAGUCGGCCAACUACAAGCAUGAGCAAUGCUAGCAGUAUCGAUGAUCUGCUUAGUGUGGCACCUCGUAAGGCCGGCGAGAAAAAGAAGCCCCGAAAAGGUCGCUAUGUCGAUGUUAUGGCUAAAUAA